GUAAGGGCAAAAAGGACAUUGGUAGAAGAGGAGGUGAUAACUGUUGCAUCCUACUUAGAGGGUUCAACAACCCGUUGGCUAAACGAAUUGGUAGCUUCAAAGGGCUUCGGCAGCAACAUGCAUGGUUGGGCGUAGACCCAUACACUAGAAAGCUUUAUGGACUUAGUGGAGGCUCGUUGGCACAACCCUCAUCAGGCACAGAUUGCCAUUGAUGGGCUCUUACAGCUUGAUACUAAAAAGUACAAGUCAGUGCGAGAACUCACCACAGUCGUAGAGCGCCUGAUCAUCGUCCCGGGAGUGGAGUACAAUCCACAAGUCUUGCUGACCAUGUUCCUGAGAUGUCUUCCCACAAAUAUUAGGAAUUUAUUAGCCAGCGAGGCUCGACGCGAGUAUCACACUUUUGAGUCAUUCAGCAAGAAGGCCCUAGACUUAGAGGCUACGCUGGGUGAAGCUGAAACUCCUUCUACGGAUGGGAGAAAGAAGAAGACUCCACCAGAGUGGAAGAAGAAGGGUAGUCGAUUGAUGAUGGUUGAUUCCGAUGGGAAUCAAACCGAGAUCGAUGAUGUUUUCGAUCUUGUGGAAGGUUCAGAGUUUGACGGCGAGGAGAGUGCUGAGGGUAGCAACCUCUCCGUCGUAGUUAAGACUAAGGCAGCUGGCCGCGGCAAGGGCGGUCAACAGAGGAGUCGGGGGCAGGCCGCUAACCCAAACAAAAUAGCUGCUUGGGUUAGAGCAGGUCUGGAUCAAGAAGUGUGGCGGGACCGUUGGAGUCGUGGUGCUUGCAUUAACUGCGCCUACAAGGAAGAUCCCAUCAUGAUGGACAUCAUCAACAAACUACAGGCUAAAGAUAAGGCCACCACUGAUGAGUUUGUGAUGGUGGAUGGGUUGCUCUUUCUUGAGAAGGCAGGGUUCAAGAGGUUAGUUGUUCCAUCUGGGGAAUCUUUGCGUAGUUUAUUUCUAGGUGAGUGUCACGACGCAAUGGGACACUUCGGUUAUAAGAAGACUAGUGCUAAUUUAGUACAGCGAUUCUGGUGGCCCAACAUGCUUGACGAUGUGAAGAAGUACGUGAAGACCUGUCAGGUCUGUCUGCGGGACAAGCCGCGGACUCAAGCUCCGCUUGGGUUACUCAAGCCUUUACCAAUUCCUGUUGGCCCAGGGCAGAGUAUCUCCAUGGAUUUCAUGGAUACUCUUGUGACCAGCAAGAAUGGCAAGAGGCGCAUCUUCAUCAUAGUGGAUAGGUUCACUAAAUACGCUGGAUUAAUGGCCAUGCCCGAAACUGCCAGGACUGAGCACGUCAUCAAGUUGUUCAUGGACAACUGGGUGCGUGACUUUGGACUUCCGAAAACGAUCAUCAGUGACAGAGAUGUACGUUUCACAAGCGAGAUGUGGAAGAAGCCCGCUGAACAGAUGGGCAGCCAACUUCAGAUGACUUCUGGGAAUCAUCCCGAAGCAAAUGGGCAGGCUGAACAGAUGAACCGAGUGGUGCAGCAUCUGCUGAGGCAUUACAUCAAGCCCAGCCAGGAUGACUGGGAUGAGAAGUUACCUCUUAUCGCCAGUCUGUACAACAACGCUGUACACAGCACCAUCGGUGUCAGUCCUAAUCAACUACAUCUGGGAUGGAAGCCUAGAUCUGCUCUAGACUUCCUCCUGCCUGAAAAUCGAACUGCUGCAACUCCUGGAACCAUCGAAUUUGGUGUCCAGUAUGAGAAACUGCUGCAGCAGACUGUCGAACACAUUAAGAAAUCUCAGGAGGUCAUGAUUGCUUCUGAGAACAAGCGUCGUCGACAGUCCACAUUUCAGACACAUGUGUAUAAGAUGCUGUUAGGAGUUACGGUGAUAUUUGCCUUGCUCGUUCUUUUGGUGCGUGUGUCCGUGCCUGCUGAGGAGGAGGAGGUGGCAUAUGGGAUCUGUGGUGACGUGCUGAGCGUUAUUUCAUGUGCGGCUCCAUUGUCUAUCAUUGGUCUGGUGAUUAGAACAAGGAGCGUGGAGUUCAUGCCAAUUUCACUUGCAGUUUACAGUGCAAUAAAUUCCUUUAUCUGGUUUCUAUUUGCCGUCUCCAUCAACGAUGUUUACAUUGCAAUGCAAUCAGGGAUGGCAGGAGUAGGAGUGCAGAACAUGGCUGGGCAAGGCGGCGGCGGCCCAGCCAUGGGGAAUCUGGGGAUGAACCCAGGGGUGAACUCCGCGCUUAGUCCUGGUAUGCUCGGAGGAGGGAUGAUCGGACAAGGCGGAGCGCCGAACAGCGCUCCUUCUCAAUACGGUGUAGUGACCUGCUUCAUAUGCGGUAAGAAUGGCCACUAUGCGCGUAACUGUUGGCAGGCGGCGAGUAAACAAAGACCGGAAGAGGAGAACACGGAGAUGAGGGAAUUGCUGAUGAGGAUCGCGAAGAGAGAAAAGGAGGAGGAAGAAAAGAAAAAACGAGAAUUGGAGAAGGAAAAACAGAAGGAAGAAGAUGAGCGUCGGGAGAGUGAAAAGCUGAGAGAAGAACUGGCUCGGGAAGCACAGAUCGAAGCAGCGAUCCUUCGGAUCCUUGCGCAAAGGAAAGAGCCGAUGAGGAUCACACCUGUUUCGCAAUCUGUUAUUGAACAGAAGAGGUCGCCACGAACUAAAGCUCGGAUGUUGAGGGAGAUGAGGAGCUAUAUUGCAGAAUCAGAGGAUGACAGCGAGGAGGUCAAGGAAGAAGCUGAGAAAUUAGUUGAAGCAUUAGAACGACGGAAGAGCGUGAGGAAAGUGACAAAUGGGCGGGGAGCAACUAGCCGUGCAGUAAAGAAGACACCAAGGACAACCAGGGCUCAGAAGAGUACAUCUCCACCGAAGGAAGAUGAAGAUGAGUUCGCGACUCCGAAGAAGGUGUAUCCGACAGAAGGUUCAAGUGAAGGCUUAGUGGAAUUCGCCCUCACUCAGACGAAGGUGCUCAGUGCUAUGAAGGCACAUGAGAUUCUUAAGAUUUGUGAUCAGGAGGGUAUCGAAUACACGAAGAAGGACAUCUCCAUUCAGGAGGUAGUGAGGUGAGAAUACUGGCUCGACUCAUGGAAAUCGAUUCGGGAAAGGUACGGCGAGACUAUGGUCCUCAUAGGCACGACAAGGAUGAAGCUAAGAGACGCUAAGAAGGACAUUCAGGCGGGCUGUCGUUUUUGUAUUAACCGUCUAGCAGUUACUUCUUCCGGUGUACAACGGAACAAGCGGUUUCUUCGCGACCUCCUCUCCCAGCCAUGGUGGGUCCGGUCGUUGUAUAGACUUACCAGUAGGAAACUGAUCGCACUGUACCACACCGCGGGUCUCUUUUCCAGCGAUAGGACGAAGAGUGAGCUUCGUCAGAAAUUAGCACGCGUGAUUAAGAAGAAGUAUGGCAUCGAUGUGAAAAGGAGGUUGAUUGUACGUAUUCCGUUCUCCGUGCAUAUUAACAUGGGACCAGUGAGAGACGUGAUCGUCAAGACGGUCACAUUAUCAGUGAGGGAGGAAUACGUUAGAUCUCUGGUGAUAGAGAGAACGCAGAUUGUGAGAUUGAAGAGCAAGACUGUGGGGAGUAUCAUACACAACUACAGGAAGACUCUGCAGGACGGACCGGAAUCGUGUACAUGUGCCAAGUUCUCCUUACAAAGGUUCCAGGGGCAUGUACAAACCAGACUCGACCUUGUGUCAUGCGUCCAUCGAUUCCUCCACAACUCCAAGAAUGUUACUUGUGGGCGGGACAUUACCAAGAUCCAGCUGAUGGAGGUGGUCGCGCUUGCGAUCCCGAAAGGUUGGAGGAAGAAUACUCUUCACAUCACUGAUGAGGAGUGGUCUAGGUGCUUCAAUGGGAGGGCAUCUGUAUGUCCUACUUUGCAUGAGGAAGAAGUCAAGCGAGCAGUACGGUGUCUCCGGGGUCUGGUAUUAGUACCACUGGACAGGAACCCUGGUGCCACAUUGGUGAUUUGCCCAGUGCUGUACCUCCAUGCUUUUCGAAUGACCUUCUGCUGGAACUCGGGGUACAUCCCAAAGACGGUAGGGGAAGAGCAGUUGCUUGCACAGAGCAAGGCAGACUACAGGGGGGCCGGGCUUCAUGCAUUCGCUACCUGGCGCACAUGCGGGAAGAUGGGGAGAGCAUAUGUGAUCCCUAAGGAUAAGGAUUACACUAGGUGGCGACCGAUCUCUCCUUCAUGGUCGGAACCAACCAGGACGCUGAGCGCCAGAUUGGGAAGAGCACUCCGAUAUAUGCUCUUGUGUGUGCCUGCGACGUGGCACUUCAGUUUACGGUCCACGGACUUGCUGAGGGAGACGAUGACGGACCGCGUGGCUGAGGUCCACCGAGCUGGCAAUACCGUCAUAGCUAGAAGCUAUGACAUCAAGGACAUGUUUGCAAGACUUCCUCACGACGACAUUGUUGACUCGGUGCAUUGGUUGGCACAGAUGCAUUCUCACCAAGGCCUUGUUGGCGUGAAGGUAAGUAUUCGAGGGAAUGCAAGAUGGCCAGGACUGUGAGGAAGGAGAUGGGAUAUCUGUUCAUCUCCUUCCACGAAAUCGUGACCAUCUUGAAGU